UUUUCCAGGGGAAAAAAAAAUCGAUGAGGACUAGAACACAUUUCUUGCCCAACUACGACUUUGUUCAGGGUAAUGCGAAACAGAUGAAGAACGUCAAGGAGGACUUGGAAAGACUUGUAGCAAGAGACCAGUGGCGGUCGGCCAGCAUGACCUCCGCCUGCUCGCCUUGGUUCCUCCUCUUCCUCAUGGCUCUCAAUGCAAGUUGUGUGACUUGCGACUAUGAGGACGACUACGAGGACGUGACGGUCCAGAAGAUGAUGCCAACCAAAUCUCAGCAGUCGGAUGCCACGAAAAUCCUCAACGGACUCCUCGAGGAUUACGACCGCAAGCUCAGGCCCGACAUUGGAGUCAAGCCAACCCUCAUCGACGUGGACAUUUUUGUCAACAGCAUCGGACCCGUGUCCUCCAUUGAUAUGGAAUACCAAAUUGACAUCAUCUUCGCGCAGACGUGGAUCGACAGCCGUUUGCGUUACAACAGCAGCAGCAUGAAGAUCUUGACGCUCAACAGCAACAUGGUGGGCCUCAUCUGGUUGCCCGACACCAUCUUCAGGAACUCCAAGAACGCUGACGCCCAUUGGAUCACCAUGCCAAAUCAGCUGCUCAGAAUAUGGAACAACGGCAAGAUACUUUACACCUUGAGACUGACUAUAAACGCAGAGUGCCAGCUGCAGCUACACAACUUUCCCAUGGACGAGCACUCAUGUCCGCUCAUCUUCUCCAGCUACGGGUACCCGCGUGACGAGAUGGUCUACAAGUGGAGGAGGAACUCAGUGGAGGCGGCGGACCAAAAGUCCUGGCGCCUCUAUCAGUUUGACUUCAUUGGCCUCAGGAACACCACCAACAUCAUCAAGACCACAGCAGGUGACUACGUGGCGAUGACAGUGUACUUUGACCUGAGGAGGCGAAUGGGCUACUUCACCAUCCAGACCUACAUUCCCUGCAUCCUCACUGUGGUACUGUCCUGGGUCUCCUUCUGGAUCAAGAAGGACGCCACGCCAGCCAGGACCGCUUUGGGAAUCACCACGGUGCUGACGAUGACUACGCUGAGCUCGGUGGCGAGGACGUCUCUUCCGCGCGUGUCCUACGUGACGGCCAUGGACCUUUUCGUCACCGUCUGCUUCCUGUUUGUCUUCGCCGCUCUGAUGGAGUACGCCACCCUCAACUAUUACUCCAGUUGGACCCGCACGCCCCCUUGCAUGGACAGGAAACGCCACAACUAUUCGGUGCUGGAUGCCAGGCAGCCUCCUCCCACGGUGGUGACCCUGAACAACACCACCUACUGGCAGGACUUGGACGACACGUGCGCCUCUCAGUGUUUGGACGGCAAAGACUGCUUCGGCUUCUUCUGCUGCUACGACGACUGCAAAGACGGUGCCUGGCGGAGAGGACGCGUCCACGUAGACUUGCUGGACCUGGACGCCUACUCCAGGGUCUUUUUCCCUGCCUCCUUUCUUCUCUUCAACGUGGUCUAUUGGGUGGGAUAUCUCUACCUUUAGUGACAAUUCAAAGCGUACACCCUUCUGGUAGUGUUUGCAAAGAUAGGUCACUACGUCAACUAGCCAAUACAGCCUUAAUGCUUUAAACACAAAGGAUUUUCAAUCUUUCAAGUUUACCACCCAUUGCUAGUGUGUACUUAGACAACAAGAGGGUAUAAGUAGCGAGCUCAGCUGCUAACAAAUGGUAGCUUGUAGUUUAGCCUUACUAUCAUCAAAAUGAUAUUUAAAUGUAAUGUAUGGAUUUUUAAUUGUAUUGUGGGCUUUGUCUUUUUAAAAAUAAAAGGCCAUUUUUUAAGCCUA